GUCGCCGUCAAGAAAGCUGGACGGUUAUUACAGGCGCGCUUUUUUUACUCUCGCGCCCUAAAUUCAUAGAAAGUGACCGUUUGGGAAAUCGUCAAUAAAAAGGAAGGAAGCGCGGGGAUUUCAUCAACUGCCGCCUCUUUUCUUUUUCCUUCGCGUCUUCCUUCCCGUUAAUUUCCCUUCUCGCUCAGCCUCUCUCAGUUCUCUCGUCGGAAGCAUGCCAUCGUCGAACUCCGACAACGGCUCCCUGCUCGAGACUCCCGGGCCGGGGAAUCUGAACCACACAUCGGAAGCUGAUCACCGGUCGCCUUCUUCUCCACCUUUUUUUCACGAUCGUCACGGUUCGCCCUCAACCUCCUCGCUCCAGGGGGAGUUCUUCUUGACACAUGAUGCUAAAAGGAGAAGGAGAGAACUGGUGCUAGGAGGCGUUGGGGGAACCAGGAGAAAGCUUAAAUUCUCGGACUCCCCUGCAUCACUACCGCAACAACCAGCUGCUGUCGAAAUCAGCCGCUUCUCUGAUGAUUCCAGUGAUCAGCUUGGCAAAGUGACCCAAAUGCUGCAUGAUGAUACUUCUGCAAAUCAGCCAUUUCCAGGGUCAGGGUGCUUAUUGCCAAGGGGGAAGAGAUUUAUCGACUGGAUUAGGAAAGUUGAUAAAUUUAUCACCGAGGAACUUCGGAGGGCGAAGCACACCCGUAGCCUGAACAAGAAGCUGGCAAAAAGGGAGAGAAUGAUUAAGAUUCUCAUGUCAAUGCGAUGACUAGCUGAUUAAAAAUGUAGCUAACGGUGUGGUUGUGUGAUUGAGGCAGGUGGGCAGUAUGCCGUAUACUAAAGGGAAGGGAAGUAUAUAUAUACAUGCUUAAUUACUCACUCACUCGGUCUAUAAUUUGAUGAUGCAGUGUUGGUAUUUAGUUAUAAACUUGCUUUGGUGAAAUUAAGUAGUACUACUACUGCUGCUGCUGCUACUCAGGUCUUCUAACGUCUCAACAUGUGCUUGCCUCUCUAGGUGCAUGCUUGUGCACCUCUAAAGUCUCAACCCAGGUCUUCUAAAAGCAUAGCUACUAGUCAUCCGUUGUGGGGGAGCUCUGCCUGGUACAUGACUGAAGGGAAGAACAGAUCUACUCUUUGAUUUCUUUGGUUCACUUAGCUAGUUUACCUAUCUAUGAUCUAAAAAAUGAAACUAGAGAAGUGUUCUAGGGUUUUCAGGGCAAGUAUUUGUUAACUUUGUUGCUCCUGUCAUGAUUUUGCAGCUGCCAGACUGUGGAGUGGAUUCUCUUCUGCAAAUGCAUGGUCGUGGCAAGGAAUGAUGAAGGGCGCACCUGUUGGCAACGAAUGAUGUUCGUUUCAAUCAGCACAUUGAUCGCAGAGGAAGAGUUUUUGCUCUGUUAGUUCUCACGUUGGAAGCAGUAAUGCCAUGAGGCUUGUUUUGUUUAUUGUUAUAUCAACUUGAGUCUCUGGUUUAUCCCUUUCAAAAAAAAUAAGUCUCUGGUUUAUUAGAUGUAAUGUUCAGUUCAGUGGCUUACCUCAUUCCUAGAACCAGGCCAAGCACUUCGAUUUGUAGUUUGGUUAUGUAGUACGGAUAGGUAGCUUGGUUCCCGGGGUUUGCAUUAUAAAUAUGCAGCACUAGCUGCUGAUUUUCGUUCAAGUAUUCAUUGUAGUAUCAGCAAAAGUAAUAAAAUACAGCAGACUCUUUCUUGCUCU